UUUUUGUCUUGAAGCGUAAAUAUUUGCUUUUGUACGAUAAUUCGAUUGGAAGUGACACUCGGUUGACCAGGCUGCGAGGGUCUAGGCACGAAAAUUUCGAAUCAUUUCCCUGGUAGUUGGAAUGUUACAGCAUUGAUUGAUUCAACGUUGCAAUAAGGUAAAAUCGGUGCAAAGAAUCUAAAGAGGACGAAUUUCAUUUUUAUGUUGGAGGGAAUCUCCUCUUUUGACUACUGGAAAUCUCUAGAGACUUUUUGCACAGUUCGACAGGUUAUUCUCAAACUUCAAGCAAGGGACUAACAUUAGCAGGAAGGAAGCUGUGGUUGGCGUUGUUCUUCUGAUGGAGUAUGCACAGAUUAGUGUCCUGGAACUGGUAUUUUUAGUAUUCCACGUGGCGAACUGCACGGUAAAGAUUUACGCUAAAAAAACUGUGUCAGGAAAUUAAAUUAUUAUGGCUGAAGCUGAAACUAAGCCAAGAUCACAAUCGACUACUGUGCGAUUAAAAGCGGCAGAAACUAAAACCAAGCUUGAGAACCAACGACCAAGGAGCCCUAAUGGGACACCCAUUACACAUACAAGACAGAACUCUGAGACUACAGAUCUUGAUAAUUUAGAAAAAAAAUCGAGGUCCUUAACAGAUCCUGAUAUUAGUGGAAGACUUAAAAUCGAGGGAGCAGAUGGCUUGUUUAGUAGCAUGAAUACAGCCUCAACAUUUAAAGAACCAAACCUAUCAAGUUUUAAAAACAUUGAUACUAAAAUGGAGAGACCAUCUUUUAUUUCAUCUGAGUCGAAUAUCUCAAAACCAAGUGUAUCAAGUCUGAAAUCAAAUUUUGAAAAGGGAUCAGAAUUUGUCGAAGCUUCACAUAAACAUCAUAUGGCUGAGUUUACAAAUCCUCUACACAAGGGAACUUAUAACAGACAUAGAUUUCGGGAAGAUGGACUUGGAGGAUCUCUUAAGCCAGUGAAGCCUCCUGUUGCUCCAAAACCAUCAUCUCCUGCAAAAACUCUUCCGUCUCCAGCAAAACAAUCAGCAGAUUCUGUUGGUCUAAAACCAGCUGUUGCUAAAAAACCGGAAUCCCCCUUUAAAAAGCCAGCAUUUAAUCCUAAAUCUUGUGAUCAGGAAAAUAUGAACGACAUGAAGACGUCAGAAUAUGAAGAAAUUCCAUCUACACAACCGGAAUCACAGGAACAUUACUCAAGUGAUGAAGAUGAUGGAUUAUACUCCAAAGUUGUGCAUAAUGGUAAGCCUAUGCCAAUGCACCCUCCUCCGAGAAUUCUCAAUAAUCCUAAUAUGGUUCACGUAUGUAAGCAACCUGAUGAGAAUUCUGUAGCUGAACAAGAAAAUGAAAAAGAGAUAGAAAGUGAAAAAUUAUCUGAGAUUCCAAUUUAUGCCAAGGUUAAUAAACAAAGAUCACUUGAAAAUUAUACUGAAGGAAACGAUAGUCCAGUAAUUCAAGAAAAGAGAAGUGAUUCUGAUCCAACACCAAAGAAUGUUAGUGUUGUUAUACCUAAAAUCCAGGACGAAGUCUUGGCAAUAAGAAAAGAUGAUGCAGUUAUGGAUAACAGUGACAUGAAAGAUAAGGAUUCUGAUUCCAAUGUUGACGAUGAUGAGCCACCUUGGGAUCCUGAUGAGUUUGAUGAUGAUAGUGACUUUGAUGAGAAUACAGACAACUGUGAUUCAAGGUCUCUCUCUGAGGAUGGACAGGAAGAUGAUAUGAUGGUGUUUCCUGAUGAAAAGAGUAAGAAGCUCUAUAACAUUGCCAAAGAAAUUCUGACAACUGAAAGAGCGUAUGUCAGAAGAUUGCACCUCUUAGACCAGGUGUUUUAUUUUAGACUUCAAAAUGAAUGUCUUGCACAUGGUCAUAUCCCUCCAGAGGUCAUGCAAGAUGUGUUUUCUAAUAUCUCAGCUAUUCAUAAGCUGCAUAAGGACUUCUUUCUCCCAAAACUAGAAGAAAGGAUGAGUGAAUGGAGUUCAAACAACAUGAUUGGAGAUAUUCUAAAAACACUAGCUCCUUUCCUAAAGUUGUAUACAGCAUACAUCGCAAACUUUGACAAGUCCAGUGAGACAUUAUCAACUUGGACUAAGAAAUCUCCAAAAUUUGCUGCUAUCAUUGAAGACAUUCAGAAAACAAGGGAGUGUGAAAACCUGACCUUAGGACACCACAUGCUUGAACCAAUUCAGAGGGUUCCAAGAUAUAAACUGCUACUAAGAGAUUACCUGUCUAAGUUACCAGAGGAUUCUCCAGACCAUAAGAAUUGUCAAGAUGCUAUGGAAAUCAUAUCUGAAGCUGCUGCUCAUGCUAAUGACAGCAUGAAAAAAAUGGAGAGAUUUAAGAAGCUGUUAGAACUCCAAGACAGACUGCUGGAAGGCAAUGACUUGAUUACUGCUAGUCGACAAUUCGUCAAGGAAGGUGACCUCAUGAAGGUGGCUGCUCGUAGUGCUGCAGGACACCAAGAGCGAACUUUAUUACUGUUCAACGAUCUCCUCCUAUGCUGCGCAAAGGUCCCUGGUACUAACAAACUAAAAGUCAAAGUACAAAUGGAUCUGGAUGGGAUGGAAAUAGGAGAUGCAGACGAAGACGUCGAACUCUGCAACACCUUCCGUAUCACGAGUAAACAAAGAGUCAUUGACUUCUCUGCUAGCUCAGAAGAAGACAGAGAAGCUUGGAUUAAAGUAUUAACCGAAACUAUAGAAGAGCUUAUUCGAAAGCGACAAAGUUAUAAGAGGGGUAUUCAGAGCAAACCCAUCAGUGAGUGUGACCUUGGAAAGAAAGCACCUGUCUGGGUGCGUGACGAAGCCGUGACAAUGUGCAUGUUGUGUGACACGAUGUUUACACUCACUAGAAGAAGACACCAUUGUCGUGCCUGUGGAGGCAUCUUUUGUAAUGCUUGCUGUCACGCCAAGGCAGCGUUGGAAUACACAGGGGGUAAACAAAGCCGCGUGUGUCAAACGUGUCACAAAAUCAUGGGAAGCAAGGGAAGCAUUUCCAAAGAAAAAGGCGAGGAGAAAAAGACGUGGGAUACCCGAAAGAUUGGCGGCCAUACUAAAGUACUGCUCUCUGGUUUCCUGAACUACAAAGGUGGAUCGGAGAAAAACUGGGUCAAGAGGUGGUGUGUUUUGUCCGACAACUUCGUACUUUAUUGUUAUAAAGCUAAAAAGGACACUAAAGCAGCUUUUUCCUUACCUCUUCCUGGUUACGUGGUGGACAAACCUAACCUAGCCGAUGAUAUAGACAAAAAGCUUGCAUUUAAGCUCCAUCACAAGAAUGUGGUUAUACAUUAUUUCGCCUGGGAUGUAGAAGAAGCGUUAGAAAGGUGGAUGCACAACUUGUCUUUCGCAGUUAAAGCUGAACGAAUCCCGGAAGAGGAAGAAGAACAACCCGAAUAAAGAAGGUCAAAUAUACCUUGAGCGAAGAAACAGAUUUAUAUAAUAAGAAAAAUGAACCAAUGCUAUGCUUUAGCAUUGUUGGAGUAUGCCAAACUGUACAGAAAGUGCGAUCUUGUUGAGAAAMGAGUAUCAGUUAUGGUAUAAUACACUCGAGGUAUAAAACAGUUUCAAAACGAGUUGUCGUACUGUAUACAGCUUAGUGAAUAGCAGUUUAACUCAUCAUCAUUGUAAACAGAUUAUAUCUAAAUUUUUGAGAAGCCAGAACCAGGCUUAAACCGAAGUUUCUUUUGACGCAAUAGAGAAUAGUUUACUUUCCUUAUCCUUGGAGUUUCAACCCUACACUAUCAGGGGCGUUGCCAGGAUUUUGCCGGGGGAAGGGGGCGUUUUCAAAACAUCGGCAAGUUGAACUUAUCACGUGACUACAUAGAAGUUUAGGUUUCUACAGCGUGGGAUAGGGGCCGGGCCCCCUUGCCCCCCUCCCCCUCCCCCCUGGAUACGCCCCUGGUUAAUUUCUGUACAGUGUGGUAUUCAGCUGCUAUUAAGUUAAAAACAAAAUAAUUUAAAAUGGGUGUAGUCAGUAAUGAGUUACACAGGUGAUUUGAAUUCAUACCCAAUUGUUUGCAAAGAGCUAUAUACCAAUAUAGAUUAACACUAGUUUACUCUUUAUGUAGAAUUUAGAAUGUAGAAUAAUACAAGAAUAAUGCAGUGCGACUUAGCAUGGAAUUAGCUGAUUUUCGAUGCAAGUCUUUUCUCGGCAUUGUUAUUAAUAAUCACUAUAUUUUACCAUAUCUAGUGGAAAACCCCCUUCACAUGAGGGUUAACAGGUUAGCGAGAUUUUCCCCCCUUUUUUUCUUUUUUGCGGGGAAAAUUAGAUAUAUUUAAUUUUUCCUAUAGGAAAUUACAAAUUAACCUCCUACUUGAUUAUAAGCAGCUACGACUAUUUUUACUAGUGUGAUUCCAAAACACCCCUGUGAAACCCCAACUCAUAGUUCAAAAUCAAGUUUGAUAUCAUAAUAUCUGGUAUUUUGGAUACUUUAUAAUUUUUCUAGCUUUAUUAAGAAAGGUAUAUAUUUCAUUAGGAAUAUAGUUUAUAGAUACGCGUUAAAAAUGCAAGAGAAAUAAAAUAAACAUUUUUUUACCAA